ACUUUAUUUGUUGUUACAAUUGUUUUAAAAUUAAUUGCUAACUAGAAUUUGUCCUUAUCUUUUUAAAUGUAUUUGCAUUAUUUAUGGUCAAUCUUUAAAACUCUGGAAUCGUUAUUUAUUUUCCCCCCGGAAGUAGAGACCCUGGCUAACACUAAUAGCAACAGUAGCGGGCUAACAGAAGUGCCUAAAAGUAAUCACCACGUCCCUCCUGUGGGACUAGUGUUAUAGCUAUGUUGUGGAAUACAUUGUGACAACUAAACCGAAGAUGAUGAACGACAUAAUAGAGGAGCCUGAAAAGGACACACUCCUGGAGGCGCCGCAGGAACAACAAGUUUUGUCGGGACCAAGUAACAGCACAAGACCUAAGAUUCCAGAUGGAGGCAUCCGGCCGGUGGAAAAGAGAGGACCUUAUAUCAUGUCCAGAGCUCCAGCCAUCCACCUCAAAUUACAGAAACACAGGGAGAUGGUGAGGAAAGCACUAAAGAAGAAAGCCCUCUCUGCUGGUGUCCCAGUGGCACAACAGCCCAGACCGGGAGUCAAGAGGACGGUGAAGUUUAACAAGGGCUAUGCUGCUUUAAGCCAGAACGCUGAGGAAAUGUUGGUGGCGCUGGACUCAGACAGUGAUGAAGAGAUCGAUUUUGAGCAGUAUUCCUCAGGAUACUCUUCAGCCGAGGUCCAUCCUGAUUUAAGCAAGCAGCUGCUUCAGGAUGGCUACCACCUGGAUGAGAUUCCUGAUGAUGAAGACUUGGACCUGAUUCCCCCCAAAGCCAUGGGUUCUUCUAUGUGCUGCUGCUUCGAGUGCCCGUCUUGCCUCAUGCAGUGAUGUCGGUGCUGUGUCUUGGACUUUCUGAAGGUCUGACUCUUUAUUCAGCUCGCUAGUCGCUGGGGCCAAAGCUCUUCUUUCUAAUGCAGCUCAGCUGCUGCAUGUUGCCUGAGGAAAUCCAGGUCUGAGGCCUGAUGCUCGACUGCUAACAUUGAACACCGAGAUCGCUCAACUUCAGUGAGAAUGCAUAAGGACAUGAGAGCAAGCCUUAUCCACUGUGACUCCAAAGCCUAACUAAUUGUAUUUAUUUAUCAUGUUCUGGCAGCAUUCACAAAACCGUAACCAUGACCCUGGUCUGAGUUGAGUGAUGGAGCAUUGCAACAAUGUUGAUAAGAAUUUUGAGUCAAGGAGGAGCUGGCUGGUUUAUUUCCUCCAUGGUGAGCAGCUCUGUAACCCCCAAGAAUCCCACCAGUAUGAAGGUUUGUGUGGAAAGUUUAACUGACAAAUCUGAAAUGAUCAACUGUUUAUCUCUAACUGUUAAAUGAUAUGGGAAUACUGGCAGCAGCUCAGUGCACAAUAGUAGUCUUAGCUUUAUUUUUACUUCCUCUGUCAUUAUAAUCUACAUCUGAUUCUCUCUCUCAAAACUCUAAAUAGCAAGGUGACCAUACAGAUGUAGCGCCUGUUUCAACAAAUAAGAGCUCAGAACAAAACUGCAACAUACUAAGAAGCACUCCGUUUAUACAUUUUGCACAUUGUACAGCUGCUGUUUAUGGUUCAAAAUGUAUUUCUGGCGACGGAGCUUAAAUUGAGGAUUAUAUUUGGAUCUUGUCAUUCACUUUGUCACAGAUCUACAGUUUGACUUGGACCUACCUACCAGCAAUGGGAGCUGUCUCAUACAGCUCUUCAAUACAUCUGAAGAACAGAUGUAUUGAAGAGACUGAAGAUUGACUAAAUGAUUCUUAAAGGUAAAUUUCUUUUGAUUUGUGUAGUAUUUUGGUUUAAACAACUUCUACGAAAACAUGUCUCCACAUCAGAUUUGAGUUACAUUAUUUAUUUAUCAUUGUAUUUAAGUGUAUGGUAAAAUACUUGUUACAAGUUAUUUACAGUUGUAAUAUAAUUUACAUUUAGCAUUUGUAUUCACACAUUUAUUUGCUUUGUGUUCUGUUGCUUUUGUCUUCAGGACAUCAGGACACAUUUAUCAUUGAUAUUACAGCAUUAAUUGUUUUCACUUUUGGAUGCAUUUUAAAAUUAUCAUCACCAACUGUUUGCCAGAGAUGAAGAGACUUUGCCGUCUCAGGAAGUUUUUAUGCGCAGUUGCACAGGGAUCGGAUAGACUGUUGCAUAUAUAUUUAAAAUUAAAUUAGAAAAUUACACAACUGCUCAAGAGAAUAAAAUAAUGCAGGCAGGAUUAAAACCUUCCUAUCUACUGUUGCAUAUAUGCAUAGCAAAACAGUUCAACACAUUGAGGAAGUAUAGGACUAGAACAAAAACAAAAUUCUGUGCAAGGACAAUGUAGGAAGAGCUGAAAGCGGGUCAUAAAUCCUGAAUUGGAGAGUUGAGAUACGCAGCAUAACCUUAGGUUUCAUAGUUUUAAGGCAGGUUUCUGGUUUGAGCAGACUGCUUUAUAUGGACCUUCUAAAUUAAUUUUUUAACCCCAUUUCUUGCUCUGUGGUGUGUUUCGAUGUAGAUUAAAUUUUGCACUUAACACCAAUUGCCAGUAGCAAGUACACUUGACUCACCUGUACUAUGCAACGAUGGGACAAUCUGCUUGUUGUACAACAUUGUGACAAGGUUGUGUUAUUGAGUGCUGAAUGCAAUAAAUAAAUGUUUUGUUGUUUGUUUUACAACUGUAAAUACUCUGUUCCCAUUGUACUCUGUUGGUUUACAUUAUAAAUAAAAAAAAAUAAAGAAUUCA